AUGGGUUCUUUGCACGACUCUCUCCAGAAAGCAUUAGACCAAAGAGAAGCUAGGUCGGCACGUCGCAGGCUCACUGUGUUGCCAACUGACGCUGCUGACUUCUCAUCUAAUGAUUUCUUAUCGCUUUCGAGCUCGUCCCUGCUAAGGUCACGGUUUCUACACAACUUGAACAAUUCUUACAGUCCUUCGGUCAGCCUCUCAUCGGCUCUAGGAAGCGGAGGUUCUCGUCUGUUAGAUGGCAACUCCGCAUACGCCGAGGACUUAGAGAAUUACAUUGCCAAUUUCCACAAUGCGCCCACUGGGUUAUUGUUCAACUCCGGGUUCGAUGCGAACGUCGGCGUUUUCUCGUGCAUCCCACAACCAGGAGACGUCAUCGUUUACGAUGAGUUGAUACAUGCCAGUGUACACGAAGGGAUGCGGCUUUCUCGCGCAAAAAUGAAAAUACAAUUUGCGCAUAAUUCUGUCCCUGACUUGGAGGACGUGAUAAAAGCGAUCGUCAAUGAUGGCUCAGGAUCCCCGCAACAUGAGUACAACGUCUUCAUUGCCGUCGAAACGUUGUACAGUAUGGAUGGAGAUACAGCGCCCUUAGAAGAUAUUAUUCCAUUGGUGCGAAAAUAUUUUCCACAAAGGAACGCAUAUCUGAUUGUGGAUGAGGCACACGCGACAGGAGUCUUUGGGCCCAAUGGAGCUGGGGUUGUUCAGGAUCUAGGUGUUGAGGACCAGAUUUUCCUCCGGACGCAUACUUUUGGAAAGGCACUGGCAAGUCAAGGUGCUAUUGUUCUGUGCGAUCCAUUGACCAAAGAGUACUUGAUUAACUACGCUCGCACCUUGAUCUAUACUACGGCAAUGAGCAAGCCUUCUCUCAUUGCAAUUCGCUCCGCCUAUGAACUGAUGGCAGAAGGCCAAACAGAAUCGUUUCAGUCAAAUUUGCAGUCCAACAUCUUAUACUUCCAAUCACGCUGCGACAAAAUGGGCGAUAGAGUCAAGUCCUCUGUUCUCCACAUAGAAUACAAUCGUCGAUCACCGAUCUUUUCAAUCCGAACUAAGCUGCCGCGAGAGCUCGCUCGUUAUUGUCAAGUGCGUGGGCUUAUUGUUCGACCGAUUAUGGCACCAACGGUACCUCUUGGAAAAGAACGAGUCCGUGUUUGUUUGCAUGCAGGGAACACGCGUCAGGAAAUGGAUAGAGUGUUAGCUACAAUUGAACAGUGGGCCCAGCAGCAUCACCUUGUAGCGAAGCUAUGA